CGGGGCAGGUCGGCGCCUCGUGAUGAGCGGGGGCCCCCGCUUUCUCCGGAGCUUUUCCCGAGAGAACUCGGCGGCCCCGCCCAGCCCCGAGCGGGUGCUCCCGCCGCGAGGAGGACUCAGCACGAAGCGGAAGCACGCAGAUAAGACCACUCUUCUUCUCCCCUCUCUCGCCCUCACUUCCAGGGGGCGGGGCUGAGCAGCUGCACAUGCCCCCUGGCUGCGAGAGCUGCGUUCGUGGGCCGGAAGGGAUGCUUUUUGGGACGGACCUUCCGGCGCGCAGCCAGGAUGGCGGCGGAGAGCUCCUGUGAGCUACCGGUGGCGCCGGCGGGCGGGGUCGGCCCGGUUGGGGCUCCCUCCGCCUCCUGCCGCCGCUGCAGCAACUCAAGUUCCUCCUCCUCGUCCUCCUUCUCCUCGCCGUCGUCCUCGUCGUCCUGCGGGGGCUCCCUCGUUCCCCCGGCCCCUCCCUCCGCGGGCGGUGGCGGCGUCCCCGGGAAAUGGGUCCGGCUGAACGUGGGCGGCACCUGCUUCCUCACCACCCGGCAGACGCUCUGCAGGGACCCCAAAAGCUUUCUCUUUCGCCUCUGCCAGGCCGACCCGGACCUCGACUCCGACAAGGAUGAAACAGGUGCCUACUUGAUAGACCGAGAUCCAACCUACUUUGGACCAGUGUUGAACUAUCUCCGACAUGGGAAGCUGGUUAUCAAUAAAGACCUCGCAGAGGAAGGUGUGCUUGAAGAAGCUGAAUUCUACAACAUCACAUCCUUAAUAAAACUGGUAAAGGACAAGAUAAGAGAAAGAGACAGCAAGAUCUCACAGGUGCCAGUCAAGCACGUUUAUAGGGUGCUGCAGUGCCAGGAAGAGGAGUUGACCCAAAUGGUCUCCACCAUGUCUGAUGGCUGGAAAUUUGAGCAGCUCGUUAGCAUUGGAUCUUCCUAUAACUAUGGGAAUGAAGACCAGGCUGAAUUUUUGUGUGUUGUUUCCAAGGAGCUGCACAACACCCCUUAUGGCACAGCCAGUGAGCCCAGCGAGAAGGCCAAGAUCCUGCAGGAGCGAGGUUCAAGGAUGUAACUGUGCCCCAGUAUUGAAUGCUGAAGAGUUUUCCUUUGAAUUACCACAUGAAGAGUCUUGGCACCAAUAAGAGGAUGUUGCUUGUUCAGAUAAUUUCUGUUCUGGAUUUUGAACCCUUAAGGUGGUGCAGCUGCUGGAGCAGGCUGCUUGCAGAUGCCUGUUGUGUCCUGCAGGGAGGGAGAUGGAUUGUACUGGCUCUGGUGCCUGGUUGUGCUGUUCUUAAUUCCAUGGAAAGAAGAUUCAACAUCACUCUGUGCUUUCCUGCCAAAGAAAUGUAGCACUCUUUUCAGUGCUGUCUAGAUGAUGCUUUGCUGAUUGUCAAGAAAUGAUUUGGGGUUUAAUCAUUGUAGGCAGUUGAAAGUCAACAUACUUGGUGCUAUGUAUAAAUUACAGCCCAUACGUGGGCAGCCAUCCUCAAGCAGCUUUGGUUGACUGCUGUUCUGCAUUCCUUGGGGCUCUAAUGCAAGAGCUAAGAGGGGACGUGCAUCUCUUCCCUCUCCUCCCCCUGCUUGGUUCAGUCCUCAAAGGGUAUUCUCUUCUUGGGAAGAAGUCUUUCUGCCUAUGCCUUCCCCUCUGGAUAACUUGCUUCUGCAAAUGUUAACCUCCAGUUUUAGCUACACUUUAGGACUGAAGACCCAGUUUUUUAAAAAUGGCAAAUAUCUUGCCCUGCGUGCUCUCACAUUCAAACACAAACAGAAAAACACACACCAAAGUUGCAUUUUUUUGUUAUUAGAAAUGCCUGCAAGUAUUGCUGCCCUUACCCCUCGUGGACAUGAAGAGUGCUGAAGGGAGACCUGGGGGUUGAGUCUUAAUGGCUGCUUGAUCUUGAUGGUUGGGAAUGAGAGUUUCUGUGCUCAAAAGCAUCAAGAGUGUGCGCAGUUGAAAGUAGGAAUUCUUGUGAUUCUUUAACAGAUGUUUACAGUCAUUUCUACAUUCUCUUAUCUAUGCAGUUCUUUCUGAUGUUUGGCAAGCACUGUCAAAAACACUUGUGGUUUCAUUAAGAGAGGCUUGUGGUAUAUGUGAAGAAACACAACUGGAGCUUUUUAGUGCACUUUGUUUAAAUGAAACCAUUAGCAUGUCUUUUGAAAAUAGGUUGAAGUUGGUAUAUACUUCAAAUCGCUCUGCUUCAUAGAGCACAGAGAGGAGCUCAGGUUUGUCUGAGGUUCUUUAACACUCUACCUAUAUUAUAACCUGUUUCAUUAAGCAACUCACAGAAGUUAUCUGUAUAUACCACUUUCUUUUCCAUUCAGAUGUGUGGAGUCCUCACAAUCCUGAGCAUAUCUUGUCUGCCUGCAUUAUUGAUCUUGUUUUUGACAAAUCUUUUUUGCCCAAUAGAUCAGUAAGUGGGGAACUGCCUUUACCAUCCCUUGUUUUGUAGUUUGCCAGUUAGACCGGUCUGCACAGAAAGUUGCAAGGCCCUCUUUAACAUUGAGUAAUAUGUUUGUCUUUUUUAAGAUGUUAGAUUUGAAAUGAAUUUACUAAAAUGUAAUUCUUCUGAAGGGUGAAUUCUUUCUACUUUUAUACUUUUUUAGGCAUCUGUGUUUGAUUACCUUAAAGUUAAUGCCAGUGUAUUCCCUAAGAAAUAGCAUUUUGUUUAUGUAGAGAGAAAUCUCUCUCUCUCUCUCUCUCUCUCUGUGUGUGUGUUUUUUUACACACACGUACACACACACAAUUUUUGCAAAGAUUGCUGUUGAAUUGGCUAAGCGGGCCCUUGUCUCCUUCAGGUCCUGCUUUUAAUGUGAAGCAUUCUGCCAAGGCAAUUUGAAUGUUUGACUUGACAGGCUUCCAUCCCAUAACACCCUUUACUAAAAAGUGAUGCCGAUACCUUUGAAUAUUUUGCUGUAAGUAGCAAAACAUUAAAUUCUCACAAAUUGCAAGCUAGGGAGGAGGGAGCAGCAAAAUGUGGUGAGUGAGGAGAUGGAGUCUGGAAGCAGCCACUCAGUCCAUCAAGCUGCAAGUUAAUGUGUUUGCAGCCUUGGGGGUGGGAAUACCCACCUCGUUGCCAUUGUCCCCUUUCUAUAGCAUGUCUUUUUGGCGGAGGGGAAUUUUCAAACUGGCCCCUUUUCGCCCCUGACUGGAAAGACACGAAGUGUCAGGAGACAUGCUGGAAGGGGCUGCAGUCUGCACAAGUCAGAGCGAGGAUUUUAGCUGCAGGCAAGAUUUUAUCUCUGCAUUGAUUUUGGUUUGGCUUCUUACUGAACUUAAAAAAAGUUUUAGCGUGUUAAAUAGUGAUGCAGUGUCACUCUUUGAAUUUAUAUCAUGAAAUUUAAAAUAUAGUCUAGGAUUUAUCCUGGUAAAUGUGGAAUCUUUUUGUAUUCUUCACAAUUGAGAAUUGUCAUCUCUGGCAUAAAGCUUAGCAUGUUGAGAA